UCCAUGUGCGCCGCCAUGUCUGAGAGAGGAAAACAAAUGACGUAACACCGCGCCGCCAAUCAGAGCUUUAAAUGCGGGUUCAAAGGUGAUAAGAGGCGGAAGUGGGAUUACCAUAUUUCAAGUAGAACGCUACGGGGUGUGUGAUGUCACAGCGCUUGUACAGCAAGGUGUUGGGCUUUUUGGGCUACACUCUUCAGUACAGCUGCAUCGCUCACUGCACGUUUGAGUAUGUUGGAGAGUUUGUUGUGUGUUCAGGACCGUCAAUGGAGCCAACCAUCACCAAUCACAACGUUGUUUUUUCAGAACGCCUCAGCAGACACUUAUACCGCAUCGAGAAAGGGGACAUUGUGAUCGCUAAGAGCCCAUUUGACCCAAAUAUGAACAUCUGUAAGCGAGUUAUUGGACUGGAAGGAGAUAAAGUCUGCACCAGUGGCCCCUCAGAUACAUUUAAGACACACACUUUUGUCCCAAGAGGUCACGUGUGGUUGGAAGGUGAUAAUCUACAGAACUCUACAGACUCGAGAAGUUACGGCCCCGUUCCCUACGGACUCAUACAAGGACGAGUGUGUUUAAAGGAUUCCUGUUGUUUGUGUGUUUAUGUUGCAGUUGUGGCCUCUACACAGUGUCGGCACGUUAAACGAGAGUCCGAACGCCAGACGCUUUGUAGACCAGUCGCCAGACGACCACAAAGACACACGUUUUUAAUAAUAAACUGGUAUUCAGGACAUCUCAGCUGCCUGGCUGUGCCUGGGACCUGCCUGGAGAAGACGUGAUCAGAAACCCACAAUGACUUUUAUCUUCAUCAUCUUUUUAACAAGCAGGAUACCAGAAAAAUACAAAGGAUUUAAAGUACAAAGGAAUUUGCAUUUAAAUGUACUGAAAUAUUUAAAAAGUAUAAAGUAACAAAUUAAUGUAAUAAUUUCCUUCUGACAAACGGAUAAAUUAUUUAUGGUUUAAUUUUACAGUGAUAUGAAUUUGGCUUUUAAUAAUACAAAUAUCAAUAAAACUAAAAUGUGCUGA